GGGUCAAACAGAAAUAAGUGAGGUUGCCAGUGCUUUGUACGAUGCUGUCUAUCAGUAUGCCUUGGCAUUACAUCGACUGCACGAAAGCAAUACCACGGUUACCGCUAAAAGAGUUGUCGAAGAGUUUAGAAGUAAUCCUUAUGAAGGUAAGCGAGUGGUAAAUUUUUAGUCAGACGGUUGGCCAGCUAACCAGUUAAUUGGUUGGUCAAUACAUCAAGUCAGUCAGAGCAUAAACGUCAUUGUUGAUUGUUUUAUAUUUGUUUACGUUUAUGAAUGAUAUGAACAGGUCCUAAAUAUUAUGGUCCCAUUGGUUCGAGCAAGAACUGUGGGAGGUUUGACAAAUUGUUUGACAUUCUUCUUAUAUAUAUAUUUUCAAGUGGUUGCAUCCCUACUAGCGAAAGUUUGUUCAUUUGUUAAAUAUUAUGAACAUAAGUUAAUAAGUUUAAAACUUAUUAUGAUUGUAGGCAUGAGUGGUUAUACAUCAGUAUUCUUAGAACAGGAUGGUCUUCUUAAAGUUCAUCUAAGUUUGCUGUAUUUGGGCGAGGACGUCACAAAGGAGAACAUUCACAAUGGUAAGGAGCAUUUUUGUAAACUGUGUAAAUGUUUGCGGAUCGUAUGUUUAACACAAUGGAGCGCCUGGUUCAGCGAAACGCUCAACUGUAAGCUAUGUUAGCCUAUAUAGCAAAAUUUUGAAAGAAUUCUGCCACCCUAUUCCGACUGCUAACCUAGCCUGCGUGCAGUUCCAGAUUCCCAAAUUGGAGUCUGGACUGCAUACAGGCUAAUGCUAACCCUAAUUUCUACUCUAACCACAUUGAGCUAAUCCUAAUCUCUAUGCAAUUAUUUAUUCUAAACCUUGUGACGCCAUUUUGGAUUAGUAUUUAUCCAAACAUCCGUUGACUAUGCCUGAAUAAUAUUUGUAGUACACGUCAAGACGAUUGGCACCUUCAACUACAGUCAGAAUGCAACGAUGUAUCUUACACUGUACGAUAGAGGUAUCUCUUGGCCAUGGAAAAGUGGACGAUUAAUGGAUCAGCCUCAUCACGAGUCAGCUGUAUUCGCUAAUUCUGUAUUAAAAUUUCGCUCACUAUUUUGGUUCGUUUGCUUCUGCAUGGCUGCUCAUUUCUACUUUGGAAAAUAAAAUUCAAAUGAAUCUGGAAAAUAAUUUGUGAGAAAUAAUGCUAUGUACAGUAUUAAAUUUUAAUAACUGUAAAAAGAUUUGUCAAACAAUAUUACUAAACUUAGUCAUGGCAAAACGUUCGUGGGCUGUAAACUAAAAUAUUCACUGUUCAUAUAUACACAUGUUAACAUUGAACGAAGGGAGGGGGAGUUGGAAACUGCAUGCUCUUUUUGCAUGGAUAUGACUGGAAAAAGCAGGAUCAGCAGAUAUUAAUUUUAUUUACACACGCCAUGCCAGGAUGGUAUAGCAGUUUAAUUUAAGCUUAACCUGAUCAAGCUUAACCUGAUAUAGGUUUAAUUUAAGCUUAACCUGAUGUCAAGAAUUAGGAGAAUGUUAAUUAAGGACUGAUUCGUCACUAAAUCGUCAGUAUUAUUUGUGAUGUGGAUUAACAGUUUAAAUUUAAAAUGCUAUUAUAUAUUUAUGCUAUUAUAGAUUUAAUUAUUAAGUGGGUUUUUUUAUGUAAAGCUAUAUAACCUUUAUAUUAUAUAAACUUUAUUAUUAUAAAUAUAAACUUUAUAUAUAUUUUUGCACAAAAGAAAAGUUAAAGGGUGGAAAAGGGGGGAGGGGGGUAUGGAUCACGUUUCACAACGGGAAAAAAAGCCGUUUCACGAUUCACAUGUCUUAAAAAAGCAAUUUCACGGAAAACUAGAUUCUAAUAAAAUAAUAUAAUAAUAAUAGGUUUAUUAAGAGAAUGUUUAAUGCAUGGUACAGUAUCUACGCUUUAAGUUCUCUCACUUCUCUACCUGUCAGUUAAAAACUACAUCAUAACUUACAAGUUUGAGUAACGAGUAUGUCGGACGACCUCCGAAAGGUCUCCGAAGUUUUUAUUCUUGUGCAAUCGAGUGAGAUCAUAUAAAUUGAUUAGCGCGUAUCAUGUUUAUUAUGACUAUUAUAAAAUAUAGAUCGGAAAUAAACAAAGCAAAAUCACAGGUCACGAAACAGACAUACUUAAUUCUCAUUUCACGGAGCAUUUUUAUCGACAAUCACGCCUCACGGCUGUAGAACAAAUCAUGUUUCACGACACUAAAAUCAAGCAUUUCACAUUUCACGCGAACAAAUAUUGACCAUUCACGGCUCACGAAAAUACCCUUUCCCCCCCUCAGUUAACAAAGAAGUGAUAUAACAUAGUUACGGUUAUCAAAUCGGUUCAAAAGAAUGUUUGAAAUAGAUCGACUAUAGUUUAUGUACUGUUUAAUAAACGAGCAGGAAUGUUUUACUGAUUAUUAUAUAUUAGGGGUUAGGGGUUAGGGGUUAGUGGUUAGGGUUGGGGUUGGGGUUAGGGUUAGUGUUAGGUGCCGCGAAUUUAUUAUUAUGAUAAAUUCAAAAUUUGCCGCGAAUUUAUCAUAAUGAUAAAUUCGGACGUGUUUAAGAAUUUACUCAUAUAGUAAAUUCAAGGAUGGAGCUCAUGCUGAAAAGUUCAUGUUGACUCCUUGUUUUAAUAAGACAUUAUUGUCAGACGAAUAGAUCAGUGCAGGGCUGUAAAACAGCUGCCGGUAAAUUUUGAAAUUAUAUUGUUUCAUAUACUAUACUAUACUAUACUAUAUCUUGAACACUAAACAGCAUAUAUGUAAAUAUAAAUGCCUUCAUGUAUAUCACCAGAAAGAUAUAAAGCCAUCCUUACCUGAUUUAUUUAAAAUAUUCUUGAUCGUUUGCAUCGUGAAAAUCCAAUGUAAAUACUGUAAGCCGAACUGUAAUCUCG